GUCUCGCAGUGCCUCGCCAAAGCAGGGGGUGUUCGAGCUAUUGAAUAGCGGAGGAGGCGCAAGUUACGUGGCAGAGCCGAGCUCUCCUCGGAGGGUGUGUCUUUCGUCACAGAAACGACCCCGUCCAGCAACAAGCGGAACCUAAGAGAUUCUCAACAUCUGUCCACAUCCACACUGCCUGGUGCGGCGGAGAAAGAAAGGAUCAUUUUCAGAAAGCUUUGUCUGACAAGAAUUUUGUCAACAUGUCUGCUCUUCAGCAACUGGUGGCAGAGAAAAAGGAGGUAGUGGAGACAGUAAUGGAUAUAUUUGAACAGGGUGCUGAAAUUGUUGCUAGUGUGGUAGGAGAGAUUUUUCCUAUCUUCCAGAUAGCUGCACCCAUUGUGAAACUUGCUUUAGAUAAUGUAGAAAGCAAAGAGGCAGAAUUCAUGAAGGAACAGUUCCAGAAAGUCCGGGAUAAGCUUGACGUUAUUUCUGAAGAGAUCACCAGCAUCAACAAUGAAAUAAAGAAGAGCACCAUGGAUAGUGAAUACUUUUCUAUUGAGGAAAAUCUGAUUAACCAGUUUAGAAAAUUCAUGGACUUCUUAAACGCUAAGCCAAAGUUUAGAGAGACCAAGAAAAAGUUGUUUUUGGAUCACUUUAACAAGUCUGGUGGUGAAAAGAACCUGAACAUCCUGUAUGAUGCAGUGACUGGGAACAGAGCCUUCGGUGAACCCAUUCUAGAGAUUGCUCUGAAUUAUGAAGAGAAAAAUCGUCGUGUCAUGGAGGAUUUCUGUGACCGCCUGAAAAAGCUGUUCUGCAUUGGACUGAUUGUCUUGAUGGGUCAUGCUGCUUUGGAGAAUGAAGAUGAAGAAGAAUUAGCAAAGCAAUGGUCAGAAAAGAUCAAAGAUGUUGAGAUCAGAAUGAAAAUAGUUAUUGAUGACUGUAUUGGAAGCUUUGCAGAACAAGCAAAAAUUGACAUACAGAGGCUGUUGAGAGAUAAUAAUGCUACAAAUAAUAAGCAGAUGGCAGACCUUUUACUGGAGUUUCUAAAGAAGAAAUAUAACUGGGUAAUGUGGUCUGUACGUGUAUUCAAUGAGCCAACCGGGAUCUUUAGUAAGUUAUGUUGGAAGGAAUAUCACUGCCUGACAGGUAAAAGUCGGUUUGACGUACUCAAAGUUAAUGAUACUGUCAAUAUUUCAGUUUCUUACAGUUCAUCUCCAGAGCCCCUCAACAAAACUCAGAUAAAUCAGUUAAUGGAAAACCAGAAGAAAAAUGAUGUGAAAGCUAUAUCUGAAGAGAUUUUCUAUAACAUUCCUGCUUGUGUAGUGCAUACAAUCCAAAACAAUAAAGAAGUAGCUGUAGCGUGUAGUUUCCCUGAGGAAUUACAUUUUUGGCAACAAUAUAAGAACGUUGUUCUUUGUGUUCAUCCAUCAUAGUUUCUUUGAAUAAAGCCUGAAUGCUAUAGUACAGGAUGGCCCAUAUUUAUGUACAAAGUAUAUGAUGUUUUACAGGCUGUAGCAUUUAAAUUACCUGAGAGAAUUACGUGCAGUUGCUUACCGGUACUGUUUAUCCUUUAUUGUCUGCACGACUGCACAUUGAUGAUCUGUGGUGGCAGCAAGAUGGGGCACUAACACACUACGCCAUACCAAUGUGACAGUGGUUCAACGAAACAUUCCUGCAACGCUGGAUCCGCCGAUGUGGGCCUGUGGAAUGGCCAGCUUGGUCUCCUGAUUUGACCAAGCCAGACUUUUUCCUGUGGGAUUACCUAAAAGACAAAGUGUAUCAACAUUGCAUCCACAAUGUGGCUGAGUUACAUGCAGCUAUCACAAAAGAAUUUCAGAAGAUACCAAUACAGAACGUGACAUGACAAUGUUGCUGUUCGUCUUCAGGCGUGUAUCGAUCUGGAUGGCACAUUGGUGGACCACACCAUGGAGAACCAAGGAUGUAAAAACAUUUAAGGUUCUUAAUGUCCAUAUGUUCCAUUAUGUUACUUGGUAAUAACAUUGGUAGUUUCCUGACAAUAACACCUUUUCAAUCAUAUACAUAAAUAUGGGCCACCCUGUAUAUAACAAUAUAUUAUAAAAACACUGCAUUUAAAAACAAUCUCUGCAGUAGAACUAUGAUAAAAGAAAAAUGUCGGAAUUGAAGAAGAUACUGCAAUAUAUGUUUAAUUCUCUAUGUAUAAGAUGUACAUGAAAAUCACAUAAAAAGUAAAUAUCAAAAAAUGCAGCGGUGAAAAUAUUACUCACAAAAAGAACUGACUUUGAUUAGCUUAAUUACCUAAAAAAAUAAUAAUCUAACUUCUUAUUUUAUAUUAAGAAGUAUUUGUUAAGACAGGGUUGAGUAGUCCUGGUCCAGGAAAUCCUAAGUGACUUCAGGGUAUUGUUCAAACUAAUUUCUUAAUUUAAAGUCAAAGUACUAUUACUUGAACUCCUCAUUUAAUCAGACUUCUAUGCUGUCUCAGAAAUUUAUCAUAAAAUGACUUUCACUGCUGUGAAAAUCCACAAAGACGCUUUCCACUGCCACUUCUUUGAUUCAUUUUAAUUUACCUUUUUAAUUCUUAGUUUCGUUUUAUUAUCGAGAAUGUGAUCUACCAUGAGUAUCAAAUUACAAGAUAGACAGCAGCUAACCAGCCACAUUGGUGCCCUUUUUACCUUAGUGUCUUCGUUAUUGGCUACGAUAUUUAUGACAAAAAUAAGAAAAGUUAAGGCAUGUGGCAAUUCUGUUUCCCUUCGGUCUAUUUUGUCAAUUUGCCUAGAAAAGUAAAAAUGUGGAAUGAAUUUCUGGCACAGGAGUCAUAACAGGUACAAGGAGUAUAGCAUCAAAUUAAAGGGCUUAUUCCAAAAUAAUUAGUAUAUAAUUAAGAUUUUAGUUGGAGCAGAAAUAUUUCAAGACCUGGACUGGCCACCCCUGUUUAAAGUAAGGGCCAUUUCAUACAACCUAAAUGAGCACAAUCAGCGUAUUGAACCACUGACAUGCAUCACAUACAAAUGACGCUGUGGUGACAUUGUAGCUUCUGAUUUGUCACACAGAACACUUGCACACUGGACCAGUGACAAAGUGAAAGCACUUAUGAAAGUUUGGCUUGAUGUUUGGUUAGCAUUGCAUUAGGCAGGCAGUGUGGUGUGGUGGUAACGGCUUUGGACUUCAAACCAUGAAGUUAUGAGUUCAAAUUCCGCUACUGACACUGUGUGACCAUGAGCAGGUCACUUGACCUACCUGAGAAAAACCAAAAGAAGUGGAACCAGUUAUACCUUGAAUAUUGUAAGUCACUGAGGAUGAAGGCAUCAGCCAACUAAGUAAAUGUGUUCAUGCCUGGCAUAUCAUACAUAUGGUGAGGCACACAGAUAUCUGUUGCUUAAUCCUUGAUAUAACCAAGAACAGACCAUUAGUCAGGUUCUGAUGAUUCCUGAUGGUAGUGGAAAAGUAGAAGGCUCCUUAAGCCAAAGAGAUGACUCAAAUUUAAGCUGAUGUCCCUAUUUUAGCUCAUUCACUCUCCUUGGCAGAUUGAAUGUUGUAAAGAAGUUACAUUUUUCCACUUCUAGAAGUUUGGCCCAAUGUGAAAUAAGAAAUGUAAUAAAUAACCUAAGUCAGGGUGGUUUGAAUGAUAGUUUGUACUCCUUCUUCUCAUUCCAUAUCAUUGAUAUAUUUUAUCUAGCUUCUACUGUACAUUAACAUGACUUGUGCUAUAGGAGAUUAGGAUGAAAUAUUGCCGUUUCUUCAUGUACAUUUUCUUCAGUUUUCAUUGUUUUCAGCUACAACAGAAUAAGCUUUAAUGUUUAUCAGCUUGCUGUCAAUUUUGGACAAAAUUAUUGCACUGUAUUUUUAUCUACUGUUUAUGCACCUCUGUUGCCUCUUUUAUUUACUGUAAAUGAAGUUAAAGAACAAAUAAGAGCAGUAAUGUUUGUGACUUGCUUCUAAUAUAAUUGUAUCUUUUAGAAAAAAUAGCUAUACAUGAAAUGUUUAUAAUAAAUGAUAAUGAUUUCUAUA